AAAAAAAAAAAGAAGCUUAUUUUAAAAAACAAAAAAAUUUUUUAAAAAGCUGAUACAGGCUAAUCAAGAUAAUAUUAAACCUCUAUAAUUAAAACUAUGUUUCUGGUACCUGAAUUGACAGGCAAACUCAAGGAGAAAUAAUAAACAGGGAAAUUUGUAUAUGAUGUGGGUGGCAUUUUAGAUUACUGGAGAAAUGAUAGACUAUUUAAUAAAUUGCUUUAAGAAAACUGGAAAACCAGUUGGAGAAAGAUAAAAUUAGAUCUACCCCUCAUAUGUACACCAGAAUAAAUUUCAAUUAGAUAAAAGAUUUAAAUAUAAAGUAAUGUAACCAUGUAAGUACUAAAACAAAAUGUUGGUGAAUUCUUUUGUAACUUGGAUGUAGGGCAAAGGCUUUCUAUGAUUUAAAAUAUUAACUACAUUUAAAAGAUUAAUUUACAUUAAACAUAGAAAAAAAAAUAAUAUGUCUAGCAAUAAAGCCCAGGAAUCAAAAUUGAAAGACAUCUGAAAAACUGUGAGAAAAUACUUGCAAUUUAUAUUACAGGUAGAGUUAACCUUUGUAUUACAUAAGGAACUUUUAAAAAUUAAGAGGGGAAUAAAAGACAAAACAUUCAAUAGGAAAGUGGACAAAAGGCACAAGCAGAGUGUUACACACAGAAAAUAAGAUAUUCACUUGGCCCCUUAUAUUUAUAAAAGAAUUACUAAUUUUUGCUGAUGGUACCAUUUUUCUUCUAUUAGACUGGCAAAAAUUCAAUAGCCUGAUGACACUCUGUUAGGAAACCUGAGAGAAAACAGUUACUUCCAUUCAUUGCUGUUGGAAGUACAAAAUAGUAAGUACACUCCCUACAAAAAGAUAUUAGGCAAUGUCAUAGUCUGUUCUGUGCUGCUACAACAUAAUACCUGAGACUGGGUAAUAUAUAAAGAACAGAAAUUUAUUUCUUGCAGUUCUGGAGGCUGGGAAGUCCAGAAUCAGGAUACCAGAUUUGGUGUCUAGUGAGGGCCUGUUGUCUGCUUUUAAGAUGGAGCCUUGAACAUUGCAUCCUCCAGAAAGUAGGAAUGCUCUGUCUUUAUAUGGCAGAGAUGGAAGGGAGAGAGAAGGGCCAAAUUCCCUCUGUCAUGCCUUUUUAUAAAGGCAUUAAUCCAUUCAUGAGGGCAGAUCCCUCAUGACCUAAACACCUUCCCAAAGGCCGCACCUCUUAAACUGUUGUGUUGAGGAUUAAGUUUCCAGCACAUAAAUUUUGGGGGACACAUUCAGGCAACAGCAGACAGUAUGUAUUAAAAUUGCAUAUGUAUUUACCCUUUGACCCAAUAAUCCCACUUUUUAAAAUUUAUCUGAAGGUAUUUGGUUAACAACAUAAAAAUAGAUAGGCAUAAAAUUACUGAUUGCCACAUUAUUUAUAAAAGCAAAAUAUCAGAAAUUAAAUAUAUACCCAUCCAUGGAGACAGGCUGCCUAGUCUGUGGUAGAAAUAUAUGACAGAUUACCAUGGAGCUACAAAAUAGAAUAAAGAACAUCUCUAUGAACUGAAAAGAAUGAUUGCUUAGAUAUGUAUUAAGUGAAAAAAGGCAAAAGUCAAAAAAGAUCUUCCUCAGAACUGUGAUCCUAACAUUCCCCUAGUUGCUCAGGAAUUAAUGAAAAAGAUGAUACGUCAGUUUGCAAUUGAGUACAUUUCAAAAAGCGGUAAAAUUCAAGAGAAUAGAAAUGGUUCAAUUGGACCAAGCCUAAUAUGUAAAAGUAUCCAAAUGAAUCAAGCAGAAAACUCCCUCCAGGAAGAGCAGGAAGGCCCCUUAGACCUCACUGUGAAUCGAAUGCAAGAACAAAGUACUCAGCAAGGGGAUGGAGUGUUAGAUCUCUCUACAAAGAAAACCAGCAUAAAAUCUGAAGAGUCAUCCAUAUGUGAUCCUUCUUCUGAAAAUUCAAUGGCUGGUUCAACUGUUGAUGCAAAAUCAGAGGAAGCUACUAAAAUGGAAAAAGGAAAAUCAGCAUUAAGCAAAGUUUUGGAAUCUUUGUGCAUACAUCACCAGCAACAAGUUUUGGCUAUGUUGAAAUUUCUAGUCCAAGAGCAGAAUGCUGCUUCUCUUUGCUGUUGUAAUACAUCAUGUGUUGUGGCUUCAGAAUCUCAAAAGUCUUUAAUUGAAGAUGAUUUACAUGAUCUGUUCUGUAGUUGUGAAUAUAGGCUGGCAGAAAGAGGGUGUAUACAAAAUGAAAGACAAAGCUCUGGUUUAGAGCCUCUGUCAGUCUGUAUUAAAGAUUUGCAUUGUUUAUCUUGCCAAACUGUAACUGUUGGAUACAUUAAGACAGUAGUCAAUAGAGGAAUUGCAAAUAGUUGUAAUUCUCACAGGUGCUGUUCUGGACUGUUACCAAACAUUCACUCUACAUCAUCAGCCUUUCCUAGUCCUCUUUUGUCAAGGGAAGUAUGUGACCUUUCAGUCAGUCUUAAAGAUGUUUGUAGAUCUCGAAGUCCCUCACCCCCACCAUUAUCACCUGUAGAACCCGAAGGAUUUGAAAGAUUGAAAGAUGUCAUCUCAGAGAUUUCAUCCUUAGAAAAUAAACUUGAAACAAACAUUAACCAGCCUCCAUCUCUCACACCAGCAGAAAUAAGCAGCAACAAGGGUGAUCAUGAAGGUGAAAUACAUAAAACUAAAAAAUCCAGUAAUUCUGAUUCUCUGAUCUCAGAUGACAGCAAUAAUUAUACUACAAGUCAUGAAAAAGGUGAAACUGCUAUAAUUUUUCAAGAUUUAAUGGAUCGCAUAAAUGAAAAAUUAAAAUCAAUAGAAACCACAGAUUUGGCAAACCUUGUAAAAUUAUCUAGCAGUGAUUGUAAUACAGAUAAUGACUUAAAAUUAGGAGAUUUAAUAACCUCUCUCUUGCAUAAUGCAAAGGCCAGUGAUUACAGUUUUAUGGAAUUACUGAGUCAACAUGAUAAAAAGGUAGAAAAUAAAAUUAUUCAGACAAGAUUUCGAAAGCGUCAGGAAACCUUAUUUGCAAUGCACAACUCUUCUGAUUCACCCAUGUGUAGAAGGCAGUCUUUACAGAUAAAAAGGGAACUUGCUAAUCUUAGUGAAAAUUUUAUAAGAAAAAAACACACUGAAAAAAUUUCAAGGAAAUUGAUUCACAAUGAUGAGAGGUUUUUAUCAGACAAGGAAGAAUUCUUUCAUUGCCAAGGGCCUUCUUUACAAAAUUCUAAAAGCCUUCAAGAUAAAAAUCAUGCAGAAACAGCCUUUUCACCAAAUUAUGCAUUACAGUCAUUGCAACUACCUCUUCCUAGUUUAGAAACUAACCUGGCUUUUGAUGCAUUUACAGAAAGCUUAAAAACAGCUUCACCUGAGAAAAUAAGCAUAAGAAAGUCACAAGAGAAAUCUGCAGUUGAAAAAAAAUUUUUGCAAAAUCCUAGGGGGAAUUCAAAAUUAGAGAAUACUCAAAUGCCUUUGAGAAGUGAUGUUUCCGGACUUUUGAACAGAACUAAACGAAAUAUUGUGCCUCCAGGAUGGUAUUCUAUAUAUGUAACAAAUAAUUAUGUUUUUAAAAAAUCCCCUAAGGCCAAAAAAGUAUCUGAGUCCACAAAAGAAAAAGAGCAAAUGAAAAACAUUCCAAUUGAAAGCUCACCCAAUAUAGAUCUAAACAAAAUUGCAAUGAAUUCUAAUUUACAAGUUGUUGUGGAGCGUUUGGAAGAUACAAUAAAUAUGGCCCAAAAAUCUUGGAAUAAUCAGCCAUUAUCAGAUGGAUGUAAAACAUCCAAGAGAAUGAUAGAAAUUGAUGGAAAAGACCAAAAUGCUGGGAAAAAUAUGACUCUUACUCUAAAUCGAAUGACAUGCAAAGAGCAGAGUUUAUCAAAAUCUGUGGUAGCAUCCAGCAAUAUCAAAAGUCAGCAUAUGCCUACAAUAGAUUUGAAUAACAAAAGACUUGACAAUCUGAAAAAGUCAUCUAGUUUAGAUAUGGGUAGCUUGAGUUCCCGUGUCGAAAAUGUGCCAACAAAAUAUGAAGGUAUCAGAAGCUCUUCUUUUGCCAACUAUUCCAGCCCUAUCAAACUCAUGUUUUUAUCUGAGGUUAAAAGCAGUGAAGGAGUCAAAUAUACUUUAACUUCAGUUGGUACUUCCCAAUCAAAUGUUGAUCUUCCUUCUGAAAAACGUAAAACCCAUCAUGUAAUUGAAAAAAAGCCAGAAACAAAUGAGGAUAUCCAAAAUGCUAACUUUGAACAUUAUACUUCUGAUCAUACUGACAUCCUUCAAAGGGAACUAAAUAAAUUUAAUUGUGCAAAAGAAACUACAGAAUCCUCUGCAAUGUUUAUAGAAGAUAUAAAUAGUGAUAAGCCACAAGAAGAACCUAAGAACAGUUCAAGCUGUGCUAUUGAUUCAUCUUUUAAAAGAAAACCAGGUAGACCAAAAAAAAUAGGUCCCCAAGUUGUGAAACAGAUCAAGCGCCCAAUUGGAAGACCCCCAAAGCCUAAAAUAACAGACAUCACCAUUUGCCAGCAUGACUCUUUUAGUGCUGGAAGGGAAAGCCCACAAUCUGUCUUAUCAGACAUAAAAGAAAGUAUUUAUAAGAAAAGUAUUACAGUGACUGUUAUUUAUGGAAGGUCAAGAAGAACUAAAAGGCAUGUCUCUGAAGGAAGUGUAAACAUAAGCAAUAUUAUGUCUUUAAGCAAAAAUGUUGCUGAUUUUCCAACUGAACAUAAUAGUCUCAGAAAUAUUAGAGAACACAAAAUUGACUUGGGUGAAAGAAUAAGUGCUGUAUCAAGCUUCACUGCUGAAAAUGAGAUCUUGGGAUCCAGCUUUGAAUAUAUUAGACCCAUCAAGAACAAGUCUGUGAUACCUCAGCCAUCCAAGAACAUCAUUCGACCAAAUCAUAGGCCUUUGGCAAUAAGUAGGAAGCCUGGUAGACCCGCAAAAGUGAAAAUUUCUGGCAUAUCUGUGACUAUUAAUAGAAUUUCACCUCAGGAAAGAGAAGUAAGUAUUAGCAGCUGCUUACCUCCUUUAGAAAAUAAUAUGUUUGAAAAAAAGCUGCGUGAAGAAAAGCAUGACCAACAAUGCAAUAAGAUGGAUAAAACAAGGCAUACUAAAGCCGACAUAUUUAAGAAUGGAUCACAAAGUAUGGUUGCUCCUAUACCUUUGAGACAUUCUAUUAGGGAUAGAAAGCCAUCUCUGCAUUUCUUACAUUCAUUAGCAUCUUCUAGCUCAUUUAUUUAUAGAAAUGCUGUGCUCCAUAAGUCAUAUAAACUCCAUUUGCAAAAAGGUAAAAGUCAGAAGGAAAAACAUAGACAGUCAAGGACAAAAAUAGCUUUAAAAGAUACCCCAAGAACUAGAUAUUCAAGGAAUGCAAAAAAGUGUUUGGAAGAUAAAUUAAUACCCAUUUCUGAAGUAUCCUUGGAUCCUAUAAUUUCCUCAAACCCUCUGCUCAGGUGGUGGGCUACUUCUACUUCAAAUGAUUCCUUAUUAGAGGAAUUAAACAAUAGAUUUGAGCAAAUAACAAACACUUGGGUGAAAGUAAGUGGAGAUGAAGCUGAAAAUUUUGUUCAUAAAAAAAGAGAACACGUUGAAAAUGAUCAUUUCAAAAUAGCAAGCCCUUUGGAAACUUGUCUUUUAGAACUUGAAGUUUCACCAGUAAAAAUGCUUUUUCAAAAAAAGUAUGAUUUGAAUGAACUCUGUACCUGGUUUAUGCAAACAACAGAAACACAGUCUCUUUCACUAGUUAGAAAAGCAAAUGCUCGAAAUCCUUUGGAAGUAAUAAAUACUAAGGGAAUCAAAUUAGGGAUGAAAUAUUCUGAUUUUAAUACCAGCCCCUUCAGAAAGCACUUUAAAAAAUUUGCACUCUCUUCUCCUUCAAAAUCAGCAGAGAAGUUGCAUAUACUCCGUAAAGUGGUUAGCUCUCCACUCUUAAAUAUGAAAAGUAAUUUAGCAAUAGCUAGAUUAAAAAGGACUGAGUUUAAGAGGUUGCAUCAUGAAAGGUGGAGAAGAGAGGGAAAGCUGCACAACCAUGGAACAGUUGGUUGGAACUCUAAAAGGAGGAACUUAAGAUUUUUCUGCCAGAACCAAUUUUUAAAUAAGACUGAGGGGGGAACAAAUGCUGACAUCCCACUCCAAGGAAAAAGCACAGUAGAUAAUCAGUGUGUUUUGCCACCUGAGAUCAAGGAUGAUUUUUUGCAACAAAGAGUGGCAAUGCCUAACUUCAAAAUAGAUGCUAGUUUAGAGAAUAAAUUUAAAUCAGAAGCAAAAGAGAAUGGAAUAAAUUGCAGCCAAAAAGAUUUGGAAAAGGGCCCAAGACUAGGAAAUGUAUGUCCAGAUAAUUGGAGGUCAAAAACCUUAAAAGAUUGUAGAAUAUUUUUGAGGAAGCUCAACUAUCUUGAACACAGAAAUACUUUUAAGCUAAAUACAAUCAUUUACUCUCCUGAAUCUAUUGACAAUGGAAGUAAUCACCAGGCUCAGAUAGAGGAAUCAAAGCGCUUUACUUUAAGAUCUCAUUCUGGUAGGCAAAAUUCUUUUAAAAAGCAAUCUAAAGAAAUAGAAAAUGCUAAAGCAAAUAGUUCUUCAACUGAUAAAUUUGCUGGCCAACCUGACAGUAGUAAAUUAAGUAAAUGUGUUAACUUUGACAAGAAUCCUGAUAGUUUUGAAGUUCUUAGCAAUUUGAACAAAAGAAAAAGACCACCAUGGAAGACCACAGAAAUGUCAACAAAAAGACAUAAACGACAGUCUUGCAACAGUGGACAAAUGGCAAACUAUUUUUCAAAAUCCCUAGCCUCCCGACCUGCUUUCUCUAUCUGAGGCAGUAUGCUAAACACAUGAGAAAUAAUGAGAAACAAAACCAGAUAUAGUACCUACCCUCAUGGCUCAAGUUUUUUUGGAGAGUCAGACAUUGAGUAAAUAAUUACACAAAUCUGGUAAGUUCCCAAUUAGUAUGUGGUGCUAUGAGAAUUUAUUAUACGGAGAUUUUGUCAAGUGAGGGAAGACAUCCUUAAGAAAAUGGCUAUUAAUACAAAUGCAGAAACUGAGGCUAAUAAAAAAAAAAGAAAAGAAAAUGGCCAUUAAGCGGAGCUGUGGUGGGUGAGUAGGAAUUAACGAGGACAAGUGGCAGAGAACAAGUAGGAUAGGGAUGACUUGCCAGGAUGAAGGAAUUGCAUGUGAGAAAAUGCUGAAGUGUGAGAUUCUUGGCAAGGUAGGGGGAUAAGACAUGGCCAGUAUGUCAAGAGAGAAAAGAAGAGAAGAUGUCAGGUUGGUGAGGAUUGGCGAAUAAUAAGUAAAGGACUGUGCAGGUUCUGUAAACCAUGCUUAGAAGUUUAUGUACUUUCGGUAGCUUCUCAUUGCACUUAGCUUACAGAUUUAAAUUGGAAGUGGUUGGAACAGGUAUAUGACAUCAUCAGAUUCUCCUUUCUAAAAGAUCUUUCUGGCUACAUUGUGAAGAUUGAAAAGUGUAGAGCAAGAGUGAAGGCAGAGACCAUUAUGGUAGCCCAGAAGAGAAUCCUUCUACUUUAGAAAAGUGGUUUACAAACUAGAGUGUGCAUCAAAAUGACCAGGAGGGCUUGUUUUAAAAAAAAAAAAA